GGGUCACCACCCUCCAUCCCUUCCUCUUCCCUCAUCAAUCUCACAACCAAAACCUACUUUUUAGAGAGAGAAACUCAUCAAGAACACGUUUUUUAGAUAGAUAACAUAUAGCAUCCGGUGAGUGUCCAAGAACCCAUUGAAGAUCCAAGUCUUCUACCAUCCAAGAACUUCUUGUUUUCUUGGAUAAAAAGACAACCAUUUAAGGGUUUUCCUAGACACUUUUCUUUUGAAAUAUGUGUUUUGCAACUUACAAUUAUAUCCAUGUAUAUGCAUAUGUAUAUGUAUGUUUUCAUGCUUAUUGAGACUGGUUAAUUAUUCCUUGAGAGGUGUUGAGAUAUUAUAUAUAUUAUGUGCUCAAAAAGAGAAGAAGAGGUAGUAACAGAAGAUCUUCAUAAUCACCAAAACACACAAAAGUUUCAAGAACAUCAAUCAGUCCUUCAAGAAAUCCAACAACAAAAGAUGGGUAUCAAUGAUUAUUCAUAUAGCAAUACUAGGUUAAUGUUCCCAUCAUCAUCAUCAUCAUCCGAUAUCUCUCCAAUUAUGCAUAAUCAUCAUCAACAACCAUCAUCAUGGAGUACCCUACCUCAAGUGUUGCACCAUAACAGUUUCAACCCACUUCUUCAGUACCCGACCCAAGACCAUGACCCUUUUGUUUUCCCUCCACCACCACUGCAACCACCUCCACCGUUAUCAUGCUAUGGCGGUUUGUUUAACAGAAGGGUGCCAGGUGGCAUGCAGUUUGCAUAUGAUGGUGGUUCAUCACCGGAUCAUCAGUUAAGACUCAUAUCCGAGACACUAGGGCAUGUUGUUCAUCCCGGAUCCGGCCCGUUUGGGCUUCAAACGGACAUGGGUAAGAUGACUGCACAAGAGAUCAUGGAUGCUAAGGCUUUAGCAGCUUCGAAAAGCCAUAGUGAAGCAGAACGACGUCGUAGGGAACGUAUCAACAAUCAUCUUGCAAAGCUUCGAAGCUUACUCCCCAACACCACCAAAACGGACAAGGCUUCAUUGCUAGCUGAAGUCAUACAACAUGUGAAGGAGCUAAAGCGUCAAACUUCAAUAAUCGCCGAACAAAGUCCGGUCCCAACGGAGAUCAAUGAACUGACUGUGGACCAUGCAUCUGAUAAAGAUGGCAAACUUGUAAUCAGAGCCUCGUUAUGCUGUGAUGACCGAUCAGAUCUCUUACCAGACCUCAUCAAGACAUUAAAGUCCCUUAAAUUAAGAACUCUUAAGGCUGAGAUCACGACUCUUGGUGGACGUGUAAAGAAUGUUUUGUUCAUCACUUCAGAAGAUCAUGAUGAUCCGCAAAUGGUGAAUUACUCCAUAAGCACUAUCGAAGAAGCGCUUAAACAAGUGAUGGAGAAAACAAAUGGAGAUGAUUCCUCUUCUGGGAGUGUAAAGAGACAAAGAACUAACAACAUCAACAUCCUUGAGCACCAUAGAUCUCUUUAAUCAUAUGCAAGUGAAUGAAAGUCACCAACUUGCUUACUAUAGGGCUUUUUUUCCUUAUGAUAUGGGGCUUUUAGUCAGGGUUUGUUCCUUCUGUGUGGGGUGUUUUGCUACUUUAGUUUUCUUUUUCUGUAGUUUUUACCAGCCUUUUUGACUUGGCAUGCUUAAUUUGUGUGUAUGAAGAACAGAAAGCUGGUAGUGCAUUGGUGGUGUCCUUGUGUAUUUCCUAUCUCAUGAAAAAAUUGAUAUAUUUCAUGAGGAGGAAAACCUAAGAUGGAAGUUGCUUUUGGAAGGAAACACAAUGGUUGUACCUUAUUAUGUAGUGGAACUUGUAUGUAAUCAUAACUAUUCUCUCCAGUUGUUUUUUA